CGAAUAAACAUCGAUUUUGGUCCCAGCUCUACGCGAUAGUGAAAAAAUUAAUUAACAAAAUAAUUUAAAGUGAUUUGGGUCAAAGCUGAAUCAAAUAAUGGCCACGAAAACGAGUACAAUUGAGCGCAACGGCCACUCGGCCAAAUCCUCCACGCUGCGAGAAAUUUGCGCGCGCGCCAUUACAAAAUCGGAGUGGGAGGACAAGGAAGAGUUUCUGGACGUUAUCUACUGGUCGCGGCAGGUAUUCGGAAUUUUUCUGGGCGUCAUUUGGGGCAUAGUGCCGCUAAAGGGGUUCCUGGGACUGGUUCUAUUCGCCGGCAUCAGCUGCGGGAUCGUCUACCUAUACGCCAUCAACUUCCAGAACGUGGACGAAGACGCCUACGGCGGCGUUUGGGAAUUGGUGAAGGAGGGCUUCAUGACGUCGUUCGCCGGAUUCUUGGUCACGUGGAUAAUCUUCUACACUGGUCUGCACUACGACACCAUAAUGGCAGCAAAAGGUUCCUAAUAGAACCUUCCAGCAAUAUCAGAUCCGAGGAGCCAGAUUCUGAUCCCCACCAUUUUCACAUAAGCUAGCCGCACCUCCUGUUUUUGACCCCUUCGUACUCGCUGUAGAUUGUUAAACUUUUAGCCAAUUACGUUCGUGUAACCGCAUCUCUACCGUGGCCAGUUGUCCCAGAUCUUUCCGUGAAAGGUCCUCUGAUCAGUGGCCCUAGUUAAAAACAAAAGAUACAAUAUAUAUUUGUGUAUGUCCAGAAUGCAGAAUGCGGUUAAUCAA